CAUUGGCCAUUUAAAGUUAUCGAAAAAAACGGUAAACCAUAUAUCCAAGUCGAAUUUAAAAAUGAAACUAAACAAUUUACACCUGAAGAAAUUUCGUCUAUGGUUUUGUCUAAGAUGAAGAAGACUGCUGAAGCUUUUCUUGGUACAAAAGUUACAAAUGCAGUUAUUACAGUUCCUGCAUGUUUCAAUAAUUCACAACGUCACGCUACGAAGGAUGCUGGUAUGAUUGCUGGAUUAAAUGUUCUCCGAAUCAUUAACGAAUCUACGGCCGCGGCUAUCGCUUACGGUUUAGAUAAGAAGACUACUGGUGAACGAAAUGUGCUGAUUUUUGAUUUAGGUGGUGGCUUUUUUAAUGUGUCUCUUUUAACCAUUGAAGAGGGAAUUUUCGAAGUCAAAGCUACUGCAGGUGAUGCACACCUUGGUGGUGAAGACUUUGAUAAUCGUCUUGUUAAUCACUUUGUUCAAGAAUUUAAGCGAAAAUUCAGGAAGGAUCUUACUACAAAUGCUCGAGCCUUACGUCGUCUACGAAAUGUUUGUGAACGUGCAAAGCGUACUUUGUCCGCUUCAUCUCAAACUUCAAUAGAAAUAGAUUCACUUUUCGAGGGUAUCGACUUUUACACUUCCUUAACUCGUACUCGAUUUGAGGAACUAAAUCAAGAUUUGUUCCGAUCUACCAUGGAACCGAUUGAGAAAGUUCUCCGAGACGCUAAAAUUGAUAAACCUCAAGUUCAUGAAAUUGUUUUAGUUGGUGGUUCUACUCGUAUUCCUAGAAUACAAGGAAUGGUAUCAGACUUCUUUAAUGGCAAGGUGCUCAACAAAUCCAUUAACCGUGACGAAGCCGUCGCUUACGGUGCUGCUGUACAAGCUGCAACCUUGGCUGGUGAUACAUCAGAAAAAAUUCAGGACUUUUUUUUUCUUGAU